ACCUUUUUUCUCCUAGUCCAACCUAAGGUGACUGUGUAUCCUGCAAAGACCCAGUCCCUGCAGCACCACAACCUCCUGGUCUGCUCUGUGAGUGGUUUCUAUCCAGGCAGCAUUGAAGUCAGGUGGUUCCGGAACGGCCAGGAAGAGAAGGCUGGGGUGGUGUCCACAGGCCUGAUCCAGAAUGGAGACUGGACCUUCCAGACCCUGGUGAUGCUGGAAACAGUUCCUCAGAGUGGAGAGGUUUACACCUGCCAAGUGGAGCACCCAAGUGUGAUGAGCCCUCUCACAGUGGAAUGGAGAGCUCAAUCUGAAUCUGCACAGAGCAAGAUGCUGAGUGGAGUCGGGGGCUUUGUGCUGGGCCUGCUCUUCCUUGGGGCCGGGCUGUUCAUCUACUUCAGGAAUCAGAAAGGACACUCUGGACUUCAGCCAACAGGACUCCUAAGCUGAAGUGCAGAUGACCACAUUCAGGGAAGAACCUUUUACCCCAGCUUUGCAGAAUGAAAAGCCUGGCUGUUAUUCUUCCACAAAAGAGGGCUUUCUCAUGACCCGGUUGCUACUGGUUCAGCAACCAGAAAACGUCCUCUCUUGCGGCUUCCUCAACUCCUGCCCUUGGCCUGAAGUCCCAGCAUUGAUGGCAGCACCUCAUCUUCAACUUUUGUGCUCCGCUUUACCUAACCCUACGGCCUCCCGUGCAUCUGUAUUCCAAACCCUGUGUGCCACAAACACAUUACAUUAUUAAAUGUUUCUCAAAGAUGGAGUUAAAUAUCAUCUGGUCCAUUUGGCUCCAGAGACAAAAAAUGAAAAGGAAAAGAGAAGAUUA